CCCAAGCCAGAUGCUGUUCACACAUCGCAGGCUGCAUUCAGAAGGCACUACAGCACCUAAACCAAGACCUGACAUUUUAACACUGGAAACCUGGCUUCUUUAAAUUUACCCUUUGGAUGAAAAAUCCAAUAGAUGGAGCAUCUCUAAGGUGCUUAUUUAUUUUUAUUGCAUUUUUUAAAAACAAGAAAGAAAGGUUUUUUUCUGAAACUUAACGGCAGGGGAGAAGGGGGGAAGGAGGGGAUUUGGGAGCUGACCAGCCCAGGUUGAAAGGAGAUUUGGAGCUGGCUAGCACAAGAGGGAGAAGAGGGAUUUAGGUGCUCUCCAGGGGGAUAUUGCAUCAAAUUACUCCAGAAGAAGGUUUGAAAUUGACCUGCCUAACAGGAGAGGAGAUUUGCCAUCAGCUAGUUCAGGACUUGUCUGAAAUCAGGGAGAGAGAGAAAGAAAGAACUCACUCAGGUUUGGGGAAUGCAAUAGGGGAAAUGCCCAGCUCCAGGGUCUGGGGAUGAGGAAAUGGAGCAGCUCCAGCUCAGCUCGCUAGAGGGAUUCAUCUUAAACACACCUCUUUGAAGAAGAAGUUUGGUGGCUACCCGGUUGUCUCCAGCGCCAGCAGCUCUCUUCCCCCGCUUGCCAGCUGGCCACCUCCUCCUGCAUCCAGCUCUCCCAGCAAUGGAGCCGGGUUGGGAGAGGAACAGCACUCCCUACAGCGACCCUGGGGACGUCCUGACCCAGGCAGGGGAUCUCAACUGGACUCUCUUCCACACCCGGGAUGAGGAGCUAGCCCGGGCCGAGAUCGGGGUGCUGGCCACUAUCCUGGCAGUUGCCACCGUGGGCAACCUGGGGGUGCUGCUGGCCAUGUACCGGCUGAGGAAGAAGAUGAGCAGGAUGCACCUCUUCAUCCUGCACUUGGGACUGACCGACCUGGGGGUGGCGCUUUUCCAGGUGCUGCCCCAGAUGAUCUGGGAGGUGACCUACCGCUUCCUGGGGCCCGACCUGCUCUGCAGGGCCGUCAAGUACCUGCAGGUGCUGAGCAUGUUCGCCUCCACCUACAUGCUCAUCAUGAUGACCCUGGACCGCUACAUCGCCGUGUGCCACCCGCUGCGCACCCUGCAACAGCCAGGCAGGCAGGCCUACCUGAUGAUCGGGGCCACCUGGGUGCUCAGUGGCCUCCUCAGCCUGCCCCAGGUCUUCAUCUUCUCGUUGCGGGAGGUACACCAGGGCUCCGGGGUGCUGGACUGCUGGGCUGACUUCAGGUACCCCUGGGGCGCCCGGGCCUACAUCACCUGGACCACGCUGUGUGUCUUUGUCCUGCCCGUGGGCAUCCUCACCGCCUGCUACGGCCUCAUCUGCCACGAGAUCUGCAAGAACCUCCGGGGCAAGAUGCAGAGCGGGACAGAGACAGGAGCGGGGUGCCCCUGCGGCCAGGCCUCCCGGGUGAGCAGUGUACGCACCAUCUCCAGGGCCAAGAUCCGCACGGUGAAGAUGACCUUUGUCAUCGUGCUGGCCUACAUCGCCUGCUGGGCGCCCUUCUUCAGCGUGCAGAUGUGGUCAGUGUGGGACGAGAACGCCCCCGAUGACGAGUCCACCAACGUGGCAUUCACCAUCACCGUGCUGCUGGCCAGCCUCAGCAGCUGCUGCAACCCCUGGAUUUACAUGUUCUUCAGCGGGCACCUCCUGCACGACGUGCUGUGGUACGUCUCCUGCUGCAGGAGCCUCCGGCCUGGCCUCAAGAGGCGAGUCUCCAACGGGAGCCUCUGCAGCAGGAAAACCACCAUCCUGACUCAGAGCCACCGAACCGCCACCGCUGGGAUCCGGCUGCAGCAGGGGACCUUGAAAGAUUUCGGCCAGUCCUACGAGGAAACGGUGACGGAGGCGGGUGUGCUCUAGAACCGCCGCUCGCGCCAGCUGCCAUUGCGGGACGCACGCCCCUGCUUGCACACUCCUCGCUGUUUGGCUGUCACUCCGAACUUGGAAUGGAUGUGGGACUAGAGAACAUGCACGAUGCCUCCUGGGGUGGGGGGUGGAGUGCGGGGGGGGAGGAAAGUCUCUUUGCAUCAGGCAGAAUUUUAUUCUGCUGGAACCUGUGCAUUUAACCAGGCAAGCACCACGGUGUCCCUCUUGUCCUUAUACGCUUUGCUACUGUGCAGAAGCAGCGUCUCUUUCACUCUCUUUCCCAUGCACAAAGGAAAUCAGGUCUGGUCCCCCUUCCACCUGCCCCUGAAACACCAGGAGACGCGGUCUAGUGCAAAGAUAUGGUCAAUGCGCCUCUUAAAUAAUAGGGCUUCCCCCUCCCCACCUUCAGGGCUGUCCUACCUAGAAGUGGAUAUAAAAACAAGCAUCACUGAAGCUUUUACUCAGUCCUCACUGACGCAAAGCUUCCACUGAAGUCUUGGGCCUGAUUCUCACACCGGCGUCUGGCAGGAGUCAGCCCACUGAUGUUGAUGGGCUUCCACCCGUGGACAGUGAGAGGCGAAUCAGGCCUACAGACUACAAUGGACGCUUUGUCUGAGUAAAGCAGGAUUUGGUGCAUUGCUAUGAAGGGUCCCUUACACUGAGCUGUACAAACCAGCCCCCUGCCCUGAGGGCAUGGCAGUCCAAUGCUGGGGGGCCGCAGUUCACAGGGCCGGCUCUAGGUUUUUUGCCGCUCCAAGCUCAGGUGGGGCUGGGGCUCGCAGGCGGCGCUGGAAGUGGAGGGAGUGAUGUCACCUUCUCCCAGCGCCUGCAGGGGCUUUCCCCCCUCCCCUGCCCGGCCUCGCAGAGAAGCCCCAAGAUAAGGGGUGGCACAAGGCGGCACAGCACCGGCUCCCCGGCAGGACUCUCCCUCUCCU